AUGCCCGAAGUGACAAUUAAUAAUGUCAUAAUAAAUUUUCCUUUUAAACCAUAUCAAGUACAAGAAGAAUACAUGACAAAGGUGAUAGAGUGUCUUCAAAAUAGUAAAAAUGGUGUUUUAGAAUCUCCUACUGGUACAGGAAAAACACUUAGCCUUCUUUGUUCUUCCUUAAGUUGGUUAUUAACAAAGAAAGCUCAAUUACAGGCACAAUCAUUAGUUAAUCCAACUGAGCAACCUAAUUUUGGUGGACAUUUUUUUAAACAAUUGAAUAAUGGACUUACAAAAAGUACAGGAGGUGCAGAUCCUUCCACUAGUUUCAAUUGGGCUGCACCAAAAAUUAUCUAUGCAUCUAGAACACAUUCUCAGCUUUCGCAAGCUAUGCAAGAAUUAAAAAGAACAUCUUAUAAACAUGUAAGCACUGCUGUGUUAGGAUCUCGAGAUCAACUUUGCAUUCAUCCAGAAGUCUCCAAAGAAAUCAAUUCUUUUAAUAAGAUAUAUAUGUGUCAUUCAAAAGUAAAAUCUAGAACAUGUUUUUAUUACAAUAAUGUUGAAAUCAGGAAACAAGACCCUUUUUUUAAACAUGAAAUACUUGAUAUAGAAGAUUUGGUAAAAGCUGGACAGAAAUACAAAUGCUGUCCAUAUUUCUUAUCUAGAGAACUUAAACAAAAUGCAGACAUCACUUUUAUGCCAUAUAAUUAUUUAAUAGAUGCAAAAGCACGAAGAUCACAAGGUAUAGAUUUACAGAACAGUAUUAUUUUUCUAGAUGAAGCACAUAAUGUUGAAAAAACAUGUGAAGAAGCAGCAUCUUUACAGAUCUGUAGUACAGAUAUUGCAAUGUGCAUUGAUGAAGUAACAGCUGUAAUGGAAGAUAUAGCUAAAGAUAUUGAACAACAAAAUGAUUUUUUAAUGGAAAAUUCAGAAAAUGUUCAGAAAGAUUUUACUGCAGAUGAUUUGUGCAUUUUAAAAGCUAUGUUUCUAGAAUUGGAAAAAGCUAUUGAUGCUAUAAAAAUUACAAAACGUGAUGAAGGAGAUACACUUCCUGGUGGAUACAUCUUUGAAUUAUUAGGAAAAGCACAAGUAAAUAACUAUUAAUUUAUAAUUAAUAUAAUUACUACUACAAGUAUUUCUCCAUUUACAAGAAAGGGCAAUGCCCUUCAAAAGUUCAGUGAUCUAUUAAGAAUUGUAUUCAGUAGUGGUAAUAGUUUAAGUCAUAGAGAAAAGGUUAAACAAUGCUAUAAAGUAUACAUUCAAUUUGAAGAACCAAAAAAAAGUAAAAACAAUAAUGUUUGGGAAACAAAAAAGAUAUUAUCCAAAAAUGAGGGUAAAGUUAUUAGUUAUUGGUGUUUUAGUCCUGGAUUUAGCAUGCAACAACUAAUGGAGCAAGGUGUGCGUUCAAUAAUAUUAACAAGUGGUACUUUAUCUCCUUUGAAACCUUUCAUAUCUGAACUUGGAAUACCAAUUGAAAUUCAACUAGAAAAUCCACACAUUAUAAAAGAAGAUCAAAUUUGUGUCGGCAUUCUUGGCCAAGGCCCAGAUGGUUAUUCAUUAAAUUCUUCAUUUAACACAAGGAAUGAUCCAAAAUACAUAGCCUCUCUUGGAAGAACAAUAUUUAAUUUUAGUUGUCUUAUUCCUCAUGGUCUAUUAGUUUUCUUUCCUUCAUACCCUAUAAUUAGAAAGUGUAAAGAAGAAUGGCAAAACACAGGUUUGUGGACUAAAAUUGCAGAUCGUAAGCCUAUAUAUGUGGAAUCACAAUACAGAGAUGGUUUUACAAAUGUCAUGAAUGAGUAUUGUGAAAAAAUUAAGGAUACUUCCUGUAAAGGAGCUAUUUUUAUGGCGGUUUGUAGAGGUAAAGUAAGUGAAGGACUUGAUUUUGCUAAUGCAAAUGGAAGAGCUGUAUUAAUUACAGGUCUUCCAUUUCCUCCAUUAAAAGAUCCGAGAGUUAUAUUAAAACAACGAUAUUUAGAAGAAAUGAAGAGUCAAAAUAAAGAGGCUUUAUCUGGUCAACAAUGGUAUCAGCUUGAGGCAUCACGAGCUAUUAAUCAAGCUAUUGGCCGGAUAAUACGUCAUAAAAAUGAUUACGGAGCUAUAAUUCUUUGUGACUGUCGAUUUGAUAAUCCAAGUUUUAAAAAACACUUAUCUCCCUGGCUUAGACCAUACAUAAAAAAUUUUACUAAUUUUGGUGUUAUUACGAGAGAGUUAAAAGACUUCUUUAGAUAUGCAGAAAACAAGUUACCGCAACCAAAUAUGAUUGGAGGACGAUCCGUGAAUAGUGAUAUUUCAUUACCAGCAAUGUCAGCAUCUUUUGACACAACUGUUUCUCGUACCGCAAAAGAUACAUCAAAACAGCAUUUAGAAAAGUCUUCGACAGACGAUACUUUCAAUAUUGAUUCUUAUGCUAAUGAAACUGAAAAGAAUAUAAAGAAGGUUGAGACAAAGAAAAAAAAUUUUUUUGAAGUUUUAGCAACAGAAUCAAAGCCAGUAAUUAAUUUUAACGACUGUAAAUUAAAAAACAAUUACACUGUUUGUGAAUUAACAAAAAAUAUUAACGAACCAGCUACAAAAAAACGAAAGAUAAAAAUGUUACCAGUAGAAUUCAAUGAAUACUUGUCUAGUCCUUCAACUUCCUCAUCUGCGAAUACAGAACAUACAGAUAAUUCAAUAAAUUCACAACAAAUAUUCGAAGAAACUAGUAAUGACACUGACAAAAAGAUUUUGGGCAAAGCAUAUUUGAAAAAAGUGAAACGCUCAUUAUCAGAAAUUGAUUAUAAAACGUUUGCAAAAAUGAUACAAGAAUAUACAAAAACAGGCAACUUCGAGGAAUUACUGAGAGUGCUUCAAAAUUUAUUUUCACCAAACAAAGGAUUACUUCAUUUAUUUACAGGUAGUUACAACACAUUAUUGUAUUUGAAGCUCAUGUUGCUCUUAUGGAAAAUGUACAAACAUAACAUGAGUAGCAUUAGAAAACUAAAAAACUGA